GACCGCGCAUCCCUCGCCCAAAGAUCCAGCAUGCCUCACUACAAGCUGACAUACUUCAAUUUGAGAGGAAGAGCAGAAAUUAGCCGCUAUCUGUUUGCCUAUUCGGGCAAGCAGUAUGAAGACCACAAGAUAGAAGCAGCAGACUGGCCCAAAAUCAAACCAACUAUCCCAUUUGGUAAACUCCCCAUUCUGGAAGUGGAUGGAGUUAUCAUUCACCAAAGCCUGGCAAUAGCAAGAUACCUUGCCAGAGAAGCAGGUGUGGCAGGCCGGACGCCACUGGAGCAGGCGCUAGUUGAUGCCAUUGUGGACACCAUAGACGACUUCAUGACCUUGUUCCCCUGGGCAGAGAAAAACCAGGAUGUGAGGAAAAAAGCGUUUGAUGACAUCCUCACCAACAAAGCACCAGAGCUACUGAAAGACUUGGAUACUUUCUUAGGGAACAAGAACUGGCUGGUAGGAGAAUCUGUAACAUGGGCUGAUUUCUACUGGGAUGUGUCCAGUACAACUCUUCUGUCCCUCAAACCUGACUUGGCAGAAAACUACCCCAGGCUCCUGGCUCUCAGAGACAGAGUACAAGCGCUCCCCGCUAUUGCAGCCUGGAUCCAGAAAAGACCAAAGACAGUUAUGUAGCCUACUGGUACAAAAGAGUAAAACAAAGAAAUCAAAAAUACACAUUUAUAUUUUCACGUCACAAUUAACAAGCUGUUGUAGAUUACAAGUUCUAGAAUCAUCUACGUACAUUUCAGACAGAUACGCUAGACUAAGCCCCUAACCUAAAGGCAUCCUUCUGUGCAUUUGAGAGAAGGGACUUGGUUGACAAGUCCAAAUCGGGGACAAGCUUGCUUCCACUUACACCCCUCUCACUAGAAAUGAAGACAUAAAACCAUCAACUCCAGUAAUGGUUGGUGAGCUCCCCACAAUGAAAACUCCAGCCUUGGGUUCCUUUCAGCACACAUUCUCCAGGAUUUCUCUUGCUCUUCACAGAUCUUUCCUGCUCUAUCUUCCACUCUCUUCUCCUCUUCAGCAAGAGAUAUCACAGAGAAGACCAAGUWGCCUUCUUUCUGAACCUCUUUCCCAACCACAGACACCAGGACCGGACGAUACUGAGAGGCAAGACCUUCUCCAAGGGAAUCCUGGCAAAACUAGAUGAAGCAUUCAGGGGUGUAAUCCCAGGCCGUUCAGUUUUAUUAUAAUCGCUCUUUCUUUUCUUCAAGCUUCACUUGGUGGAUACUCUGACUUGCUACUCUCCAGAUUUGUCACGAGGUGUAUAACUCAAUCGCGAUUCAAACAGAACAAAACAUGACUAACAAGUAACCACUGAAUAAAGAUAAUUCAUUUCAAAAGAA